AUGGCGGCGGGGCGGCCGCAGGCAGCGAUUUCGGUGCUGCCAUCUCCAACCUGUGCGCCCUCGACAGCGACCUAUGCCUCGGCGGCGUCGUCCUUCAGCCCCGCUGGGCGUAAAUACCGGACCGUCCGACGACGCUGCCAGUCGACGGUGGCCACGGGCAGCCCGGCAUAUGGCGGCAGCCGUGACCUCGCCUCGACAUCAGCCGAUUCUGCGGGCUUUCCCCUCCCGUCCUCCUCCUCCUCUCUGCUGCUGUCGUCCGGCGCAGCGAAUACGGCACCGGGCCUGGGCCCCAGCACAGACCCGCGGUUCCCCGAGAUUUUCCCCGAAGCGGCGUUGUCGCCGGCAUAUCCGUCGCCGGCACCGGAACGGGCGCGGGGGUCGGCCAAGCUGGCAGCGCUGCACGCACGGCUGGGGCUGUCGCAGCGGCUGCCGCUGGAGACGCUGGCACGGGCGCUGGUGGACACGUCGGCGGACCCAAGCCUGCGGUUCAACAACGCCAGCCUGGCGUACCUGGGCGCCACGCUGAUCCACUACCACGUCAGCGAGUGGCUGAUGUGUCGCUACCCGCGGCUGCCGAUGGUGAUCCUGUACGCGGCCAUGAAGGCGUACGCAGGCCCGCAGGCGCUGGCCGACGUGGCGCACCAGUGGGGUGUGGAGGCGGCGGCGGCGCCGGGUGCUGAGGUCGACCCGGGUCUGCUGCAGUUUUCGCUGGUGGCCGACCGCCAGGUGAUCCGGCGUUGGGGCUACCAGCGGGCCGAGGCGAAGAACCUGAAGAAGUACAAGUGGCGCCACGGCAUCAGCAGCCGUGUGGUGCUGGACGACGAUUUCGGCGACAUGUUGUCGGCCGAGGACGAGGCAGAGGCCGGGGUGGAGGCAGGACUGGCCGGCGAGGCGGCGGACGGGAACCCGGCCAGUGCGCUCGACCUUGGCGGGUCCAUGGACGCCGGGACAAAGACGCGGAUCGCCGAUGACGCGCACGCCAACUUUGUCCGGGCAGUGGCCGGUGCCGUGUAUGCGCAUGGUGGCCGUGAGCCGGUGCGGGCGUUUGUGCGGGCACACGUGCUGUCGCGGCAGCUGGACCUCGAGCGGCUCUUCCGCUUUAAGCUGCCGACACGCGAGCUCGCGUACCUCUGCGCGCGUGAGAACUUUGAGCCGCCCGUCGCCCGGCUCGAGGCCGAAACGGGUCGCCAGUCGCGCACGCCCGUCUUUGUCGUCGGCAUCUACAGCGGCAACGACAAGCUCGGCGAGGGGGCCGCCGCCAGCCUCGACCACGCCCGCGCCAAGGCCGCCAUGAACAGCCUCAAGGCCUGGUACCUCUACAGCCCGGGCGAGGACGUGCGCGUGCCCAGCGACAUGCUCGUCGAAGGCGCUGCCCCGUGGGAGCCCGCCUACGUUGACAUUGGCGAGAUCCUGUAG